GACUCUUCGAGCCUGAGCCGGGGUUAGGCAGGAGCGUCGCUGAAAUGUGUCCGCCCGCCGUGUAGAGCCGCCUGCCAGGCGAAGGAGCUGCAGUGUCUUUGCGGGCGAAGGAGGUUGGGGAGCCAUGCUGGGCCAGGAGGGAGGCCUCUCGCUGACCAUCGCCCAGGUCGUGCACAGGCUGAAGGCCUCGGGGCUCCAUUCCCAGCUGGAGCGACAGGCCCGGCUCAGUUUACAGAGGCCGGAGAUUAAGUUAGAAACCCUGAAGGAAGACAUUAAGGGAUUUCUGAAGACUUCAGGAUGGGAAAAGAAGCUGCAGAAUGCUGUUUAUAGUGAACUCAGUGUGUUCCCUUCCCCGUGCCAUCCAUCAGCACCUCCUGAGCACAUAAAGGAAUCUUUGGCUUACAUGAGGAAAGCCCAGGGAAACUGGGAAAAACGCAUUCUGAAGAGUCUAAAUAGUAUGUGCACAGAACUUGGCAUCCCAUUAGCACAGAAGAGAUCCGUAAAUGAGCAGAAGGAACUUCUCAAUAAAUGGAAUGAAAUGGGAACGGAUGAGCCAGACCUAAGCCUUUUCCGGCCUGUUUAUGCACCUAAAGAUUUUCUCGAGGUAUUGAUGAAUCUCCGCAAUCCAAACUAUGAAACCAGCGAACAGACCAGUUUCAGAAACCACUUGGGAUUAAUUCAGGUUCCUCUGAAAGUGAAGGACAGACCUGAACUGAAAGAGUAUUUCAGUGAACUGGAGUUAAAUACAGGUCAGCUGGAUAUUGAUGACUCUGCCCAAGUCCCUCCAGAACUCUUUGAAAAUGAACAUGUACGUGUUGGCCAAAAAGUUUUAACAGAGCAGGAUAGUGCAGCUGCCCAACAAUACAUCCGACAGGGAUGCCCGACUUCCCUUCGAGCUGAGUUGUGGGCUCUGAUUUUGAAUAUUUCUAAUCAGCCAGAGGAUGUUUUGUACUAUGAACAGCUGAAAUCCAAUGUGAUUCUCCAUGACCUUUUGGUGGACAGCUUGAUCUAUAAAGAUGUGAAACUGACAGCCAGCAAUGACGACUAUUAUUUUGUCUUUGAAGAUUAUUUAUAUCAGGUUUUGCUGUGUUUUUCUCGAGACACCUCGGUCCUGCAACACUUCGCGUACAACAGUGCGACCCCACCCAAGUCGUACAUCCGAGGGAAGCUGGGAAUGGAAGAAUAUGCUGUCUGUUAUCCGCCAAACGGUGUAAUCCCUUUCCAUGGUUUUUCGAUGUACGUUGCUCCACUUUGUUUUCUGUACCACGAGCCCUCCAAGCUGUAUCAGGUGUUUCGCGAAAUAUACGUGCGCUAUUUCUUCAGGCUUCAUUCCAUCUCUUCUCAUCCUUCCGGUAUUGUAUCAUUAUGCUUGCUGUUUGAGACUCUUCUCCAAACGCAUCUACCACAGCUGUUUUAUCAUCUACGAGAAAUUGGGGCACAACCCCUACGAAUAUCGUUCAAAUGGAUGGUUCGCGCCUUCUCCGGUUACUUAGCUACGGAUCAGCUCCUGCUUUUGUGGGACAGGAUUUUGGGAUACAGCUCUCUGGAAAUUCUUGCAGUCCUGGCAGCUGCCGUGUUUGCUUUCCGAGCAGUGAAUCUGAUGGAGGUGACAUCACUGGCUGCAGCUGAAGCUGUCCUCGCUGAUCUUUCAACUCUGAAAGUCAUGCCUCUUCUUCAGAUUUUUUUGUUUGCCUCCGGGACUUGAUCCUUCUCGGAGUGGCCGGGCUGCAUUGCUAGACCUUCGCCGGAUGCUAAUAAUAAACUAUGCAACGUCUCAAUGAAAUGGAAUGAAAAGUAGAUUGCCACGAAUAAGGGUUUGUUUGUUUUUUUCGCCUGCGCUUCUUACCUGGGGGAAAAAACCCACACGUCGAAUGCUUCUGAAAAUCAAGCUACAAGGCUGCCUGUGGCUGAAUUUCAGUCAGACUUCAGCACCCUGGAUAUAAUGCCGCUCCAAACGCUGCCGACCCACCCAAAUGCAUCCCCUAUCAAACGCCACAGGAAGGAAGGACUACUCAUCUCUCUCUUUGAAUGCUGCCCUUCAGCUGCUACGAAACCGGAAGGGAAGUAUUUCCAUAAAUUAUACAGCGCUUCCAUCUGUCAUCUUAAAAGUCCUGCAAUACUUGGGGGGGGGGGGUGGUGGUGGUGGUGGUAAAAAGUAUUUAAAAUUUCAAAACCGAAUUGCGCUUCCUGGGAGUCUGCCCAUGGCAACACCUUAUUCUUUUAAUCUUUAUCAUUUUUUUUUGGUCUCAUUUGUUCGCGAUUGGAGACGUAACAAUAGCCUUUUCUUUUUAGAACAGAAAUCAGAAGCAUUGUGAGAGGCGUGUGCGGCUCUGCUUUUCCUUCUGUCCUGCUGUUACCUCUCGUCUGACAGGAUUUGCAAGUUUUUGAAGGUCUACAUAAAAAUAAACCUCUGCAAAACCUGUUUCCUCCCCCCCCCCCCCCGACCGACAGCAGGAUAACAGCUGAGGGAGCCCUUGCGUGUCCCCCUUCAAGUCUGUGCAAGCAACCAAUCUGUCCCCGCUCUCCGUCUCCUUACUCCCGGCUUUCCCGACCACUGUGAUGCGUUGAAAAGCUUGAUCUUUCCUGAAAACCGGCCUGGGCAUGCAGCUUCCUUUAGAACCCUUUUUUUCUGUCCCGGAGCCAAAGCAGUUGCUUGUGAAUGACGUCAGGAGCCUUUGCUUUCUCUCCCCUGACUCCGGGCUCCUCUUUAGCAGCUGAAUGUGCUGCCUCUGCCUGUUUCGCAGCCCCCUGCUGAUCUGCGAACUCGUGUCUUGACUGGGCUCAUGUUCUGGUGUGACUGGAGUCCCGCUGCUCCUAGACAGAUGAUCUUGGGCUGAUGCGUCACUGAGGGUUUCUUUUCCCUCCGGGUAUUUCACUAAAGCCUCCCUAAAAGCCCAAUUAAUUACCGGAUUAUUCUCAUUUAGCCCACGUACAGCUGUCGGCCAAGAUUGGAUGUCAAGGCAUCCCUCAGUAUAAAGCCAUCUCGUUACCUUGUUACUUUUGUCCAGUCUGUGCCCCGGGGUCCAUUUUGCCUUUGCAGUGCCCAGUGGCUUUCAGCCAGAACGGGACCCUUUUUUUUUUUCUGGUCAGUUGAAAGGGAGCUUGUGUGGCUGUCCCUGUGUUCUUGAGUGUUGAAACCUUUACAGCGUUGGAAUCUUUCCAGCGAGUUGAGUGGCUUUUAAUCCGACCCGUCAAAUACUUCACGAGCGCACACACUAUUUGGUCAGGGCUCGUGCCUGAAAGCUUUGUCAAGGCAUCGGUUGUCCUCUGGAUCCACACUGGACAUGCCCAUGAAUCAAAUGCUCGGUAGAAAGCAAUUUCAGGUCCAGAUUUUAGACAUUUACUCCUGUGCAUGUAAGAUGGUGACAGCAGUUCUAAAUACCGGUCCAUUUUCUGAAAGGAUGAGCUGGAUAAUUUAAAAUGCUUUAUUUAUUGUAUGAAAUGCGGCCAUUCUUAUAUUAUGAAGUCGCAUUGCCGCUGGAGCUCAAUUCCCCCUUUUGUCACCCACAAUAAAAAUUGUCUUUUUCGUAA